UCAUCCAGAUCAUAGCUAAUGAAAAAGUGGAAGAUAUCAAUGGCUGUCCCAGGAGUCAGUCUCAAAUGAUCGAGAAUGUGGACGCCUGUCUCAGCUUUUUGGAAGCCAGAGGAGUGAAUGUGCAGGGUCUCUCCGCUGAAGAAAUUCGGAAUGGGAAUCUGAAGACCAUCCUGGGGCUCUUCUUCAGCCUGUCCAGGUACAAACAGCAGCAGCAGCAGCAGCAGCAGUACUAUCAGUCCCUUGUGGAGCUCCAGCAGCAGGUUACACAUCAGGCCACUGGGGCGGCGCCAGCGAGCCAACACAAGACUCAAGACAUGCAGUCCAGCCUCACUGCACGAUAUGCAUCUCCAACGAGUCACAGCGGAAUAGCGACCGGUCAGAAGAAAAACACAAGGCUACCAGGGCCUUCCAGGGUGUCUGCUGCAGGCAGCGGAGCCAGCAAGGUCCAGGGAGCCUCGAACCUGAACCGGCGAAGCCAGAGCUUCAACAGCAUGGACAAGAGCAAGCCCCUCCAGUACGCAAGCGGGAACGACAGAGAAGCGGUGAAGGGCAUCCCCCAGCCUGGUAGCAUGAACGGGAGCACCCCUCCGCCCUCCGUCCCCGCCGGGCAGCAGCUGGCCUCUGCCAUCCCGUCCCCCGCCGCCGGCAAGUCCUGGCGGAGCAAGUCCAUGAGCAUGAAGCACAGCGCCACCUCCUCCAUGCUGGCCGUCAAGUCGCCCAGCCCCACCACCUCGCCCCCGCCCACCCCUGCCCCCGCCUCCGACCGCCUCAAGCCCCCGCUGACGGAGGCGUCCAAGGGCGGGGGGCAGAGGUCCAUGCUGGAGAAGUUCCGGCUCAUCAACACCCGUGGGAACACUAGGCCAGGGGUGGAGCCGGGACUGAGGGAGGAAGAGGAGGAGGGGUCAGAGUAUGGAGAGGAGGGGACCCCCCUGGCCCCCUGCAGCAGCCACAAGCAGUCUGCCAGCAGCGCGGCGGCAGCCAAGAGUUCCGGCAAGGCCCUGGGGGGCAAGUCCCUGCCCCAGCCUAAAGAGAAGGACGACAAAGCCAAGGGCAAAGGCAAAGCUGGGAUGCCCUCCAAGGAGGAGAAGGAGCAGCCAGCCGAGCCCGUCAAGAAGACGUCCAAAAUCGCCAGCCUCAUCCCCAAGGGGGGGAAGUCCUCAGCGCUGAAGAAGGAGGGGGCCCCUCCGGCCUCCAGCGGAAUCCCCAAGCCGGGAAUGAAGGCGUCCCCGUCCUCCUCCGGGGGAAAACUGUCUGCUGGUGGAGCUAGCCUGGCAGGCCCGGCUGGCCCGGGUGGUGAGAAAGCCAAGCUGGCGAAGGGGAGCCAGGCGUACUACUCGCCGCGGGCACUGGGGGGCCUGGAGGGCCGGCGCACCAGCAUGGUGUCCUCCACCAGCACGUCGGCGCUGUCGGGCGCCACGGCCACUGCGGGAGGGCCCCUUACCGGGAACGGAACUGUGCAGCUCCCCCAGCAGCAGCAGCUCAACCACCCCAACACAGCCACCGUCGCCCCCUUCAUGUACCGCACCUACUCGGAGAACGACUGCACCAUCGUGGCCCCCGCAGACUCCUGCAUCAGCCCCACCAAGACAGACCUGGUCUACAGCAAGACGGCCAAGCAGUGCCUUGAGGAGAUUUCAGGGGAGGACCCGGAGACGAGACGGAUGCGCACCGUGCGCAACAUCGCCGACCUGCGGCAGAACCUGGAGGAGACCAUGUCCAGCCUGCGGGGGACGCAGAUCAGCCACAGCACCUUGGAGACGACCUUCGACAGCACGGUCACCACGGAGGUGAACGGGCGCAGCAUCCCCGCCCUGGCCAGCCGGUCCUCCCCCAUGUCCUGGCGAUUGGGCCAGUCCCCAAGCCCCCGCCUGCAGGCCGGAGACGCCCCCUCCCUGCCCGGCGGGUACCCCCCACCCCGAUCCGGUGGUGGCACGGGACGCUUUGCGCACGCCGACCCCUCCCGCUUUGUGUACACCGCGCCCCUGCGGCGGGCGGCGGCAGCCGGGGCGAGGGGGGCGGAGCUGGGGGAAAAGGGCGGAGCAGAGGGCGGUCCCGAGGCAGACGUGGCAGGGUACAUGAGCGACGGGGACAUCUUGGGGAAGAACGUGAGGGCGGAAGAUGUCAGCAGCGGAUACCUGACUGACGGAGGCCUCAACCUAUACUCUCGAAACAUGGGCCGGGCCCCAGACCUGGCCCCUUCCCGUGACGUCAUCCAGAGGGGCGUCAGCGAGGUGCAGGGAACAGGGGAUGUGGACAGUUGGGAUGACAGCAGCUCUGUCAGCAGUGGGCUCAGUGACACAUUAGACAAUAUCAGCACGGAUGACCUGAACACCCCCUCCUACUCCAGUGUCUCAGCCUCCCCUCGCAAGAGCAAGGAAGCCCAGCCCAAGGCAGACGCUUUGAAGCAGUCAGACCAUGAGAGCAGCAACUGGGGCGGAGCUGAGGAUCUGAAGAAGUCAGACGAGGGGCUGGACAACAGCAUGGACCCCGCCUCCAAGUGGAAGCCUUCCUCCUCCUCCUCUUCCUCUCCAGGGCACUACGAGGACCCCGACAGGGCGGGACAGAGGUCAGGGUUGCCCAUGUCCCAGACGGGCUCCUGGAGGAGGGGCAUGAGUGCACAGGUUGGAAUCACCCCGCCCAGGACCAAAGGCACCACCGGAGCCCUCAAAACCCCCGGUAAAACGGACGAUGCCAAGGCUUCAGAGAAGGGCAAGAUUCCCUCCAAGGGCUCGGGCAUCCAGCGCUCGCCCUCCGACGCGGGGAAGAGCAGCGGGGACGAGGGGAAGAAGCCUCCCUCGGGCAUCGCCCGGCCGCCCGCCACCAGCUCCUUCGGCUUCAAGAAGAUGGCGGGCCCGUCAGGGUCGCUGAUCACAGCCAGCGGGGCGGCGCUCAGCAGUGGCUCGGCCACGCUGGGCAAGAUCCCCAAGUCCCCGGCCAUCGGGAAGGGUGGGGCGGGGGGCGGGGGGCGUAAGACCAGCCUGGACGGCUCGCAGCCACAGGAUGACGGAGUGCUGCUGGGGUGCGGGGGGUCCCGGGUUCCCCUGCAGUACCGCUCCCUGCCCCGCCCGGCCAAAUCGUCCAGCAGCGGCGUGGUCGGCCGUGCCACCGGACACCGCUCCAGCUCCAGCAGCGUCGAUUCCAACGUCAGCGGCAAGUCGGGCGGCGCCAAGCGCAGGGACCCCGGCAAGGUGGGGUCUGGACGCUCCAGCCCCGUCACCGUCAACCAGACCGACAAGGAGAAGGUGGCGGUGGCUGACCCAGAGGGGGCGUGUCUGUCCACCUCGCCCAAGGCCAGCCCCACCUCUGCCAGCCAGUCCGGCCUGCGGCAGCCGGGGUCAAAAUACCCCGACAUCGCCUCUCCUACCUUUCGCAGGUUGUUCGGCGCCAAAGCCAGCAGCAAGCCCAGCUCCCCCGGCACGCCCGACUCCGGGAAGUGCCCGUCGGCGCUGGGCAGCCCCCACGCCACGCUGGCUCGGCAGGUGAGCCUGGAGUCGCCCUCCUCUGGGACGGGCAGUUUGGGCAGCGCGGGCGGGCAGAGCGGGGGCAGCAGCCCCCUCUAUGGCAGGGCCCCCGAGCUGGGCACAGGCGACGCCUCCCUGGCCUCCAGCCCUGCCUCUGGCCUCUCCAUGGCCUCCGGGGGCAGGCCCUGGCCGGCCAGCCUCAGCGGGUCCUCAGCCGGCAGCAAGGAUACGCUGAGCUGCCAGAGCAUGACCAGCCUGCACACCAGUUCCGAGUCCAUCGACCUGGCCAUCGGCCACCACGGCUCCCUCACCGGCCUGGCCUCUGGGCCCAAGGUCACCCGCACCGGCAGCGUCAAGUCCACGCUCUCCGAGGGCAUGCCUCUUGACAGAAACACACUCCCCAAAAAGGGACUAAGGUACCCCCCCUCAUCUCGACAGACGUCCCAUGAGGAGGGGAAGGAGUGGCUUCGCUCUCAUUCCACAGGGGGGCUGCAGGACACAGGGAGCCAGUCCCCUCUGUCCCCAUCGGGGACGUCCUGCUCCGCUGCUGGCAAAUACCACUACUCCAACCUCCUGAGCCCCACCAGCCUGUCCCAGUUCAGCCUGGCCGGACCCAGCAUGAGUCGCUCCAACAGCAUCCCAGCGCAGGACUCGUCCCUGGACCUGUAUGGGGAGGCACACCCACUGGGAGGCAGUGCCACCUCCUUGGAGGACCGGCCGCGGGGCAUGAGCCGGUCCGGAUCCUUCCGGGACAGCAUGGAGGAAGUCCAUGGAUCCUCACUGUCAUUGGUCUCCAGCACAUCCUCUCUAUACUCAGCGACAGAAGAAAAGGCCUACUCAGAGCAAAUCAGGAAACUGCGGCGAGAGCUGGACGCCUCCCAGGAAAAGGUCGCGACUUUGACAUCUCAGCUGUCUGCCAACGCUCACCUGGUGGCCGCCUUUGAGAAAAGUCUGGGGAACAUGACCUGCCGACUGCAGAGCCUCACAAUGACCGCUGAACAGAAGGAGUCAGAGCUAGCGGAGCUGAGGGAGACCAUCGAAGCUCUGAAAGCACAGAACACCGACGCUCAGACGGCCAUCCAAGUGGCACUUAAUGGCCCCGACCAUGUCCACAAAGAUCUACGCAUCAGAAGGCAGCAUUCGUCCGACAGCAUGUCCAGCAUCAACAGCGGCACCAGCCACUCCAGCAUCGGCAGCGGGGCCGACGCGGAGGCCAAGAAGAAGAAGAAGAAGAGCUGGGUGGCUGACUCCAUCCCUGCGCAGUUGCGGAGCUCUUUCAAGCAGGCCUUCAGUAAGAAGAAGCCCAACAAGCCGCCCUCGCCCCACUCGGACAUCGAGGAGCAGACGGACUCCUCCCUGCCCUCCUCUCCCAAGCUGCAGCACGGUGCCAAGCAGGGGAGUGUCGCCUCUCUCAGGCUGUCCACGUCCACUACAGAGCUGUGUGAGUGCACUGAGGCCGAGGCCGAGAUCAUCCUGCAGCUGAAGAACGAGCUGAGAGAGAAGGAGCUGAAGUUGACGGACAUCCGCCUGGAGGCCCUAAGCUCCGCCCACCACCUGGACCAGAUCCGCGAGGCCAUGAACCGCAUGCAGAACGAGAUCGAGCUGCUGAAGGCCGAGAACGACAGGCUGAAGUCCACUGGGAACACUGCCCCUGCCUCCGCCCCCGUCAAGAUGACACGCCCACCCUCUGAGACCUCCAGCACCUCCUCGUCCUCCUCCCGCCAGUCGCUGGGGCUGUCACUCAACAACCUCAACAUCACCGACACCAUCAUGUCAGAUAUCCUCCUGGAUGACGGGUAUGAAGGCAAUCUAAGGAAAGAGGGUCGGAGUGUGAGAAUUGUGGUCACAAUCGGUGAUGGAUCCAAUAAGACCAAGGGUACGAAAUUCCAGGAGUAUCUCAUUGGAUCCAUUGGUGUGAGUGGGAAGACUAAGUGGGAUGUGUUAGAUGGUGUCAUCCGACGCUUGUUCAAGGAGUAUGUAUUCCGGGUGGACCCGCUGACCAGCCUGGGGCUGAACUCAGACAGCAUCGUCAGCUACAGGAUGGGUGAUGUGGUGCGAGCUCACGCCUCCGAGGUACCCGAGCUGCUGCCCUGCGGGUACCUGGUGGGAGACAACAACGUCAUCACCGUCAGCCUCAAAGGUGUGAAAGAGAACAGCAUCGACGGGCUGGUGUUCGACACGCUGAUCCCCAAAACCAUCAUCCAGCGCUACCUGAACCUGCUGAUGGAGCACCGCCGGAUCAUCCUGUCCGGGCCCAGCGGCACCGGCAAGUCCUUCCUGGCCAGCAAGCUGGCCGAGUACAUUAUUGCCAAGUCCGGCAGGGAGGUCACCGAGGGCAGCGUGGCCAGCUUCAAUGUGGACCACAAGUCCAGCAAGGACCUGCGGCAGUAUUUGUCCAGCCUGGCAGAGCAGUGCAGCUCAGAGGAGACUGAUACGGAGCUCCCCCUAGUGGUUAUCCUGGACAACCUCCACCACAUCGGCUCUCUCAGCGACAUCUUCAACGGGUUUCUCAACUGCAAAUAUCACAAAUGCCCUUAUGUCAUCGGAACCAUGAACCAGGGUGUGUCGUCCUCACCCAAUCUGGAGCUUCACCACAAUUUCAGGUGGGUGCUGUGCGCCAACCACACGGAGCCCGUGAAGGGCUUCUUGGGGCGCUACCUGCGCAGGAAGCUGAUCGAGACAGAGAUCGACAAGAACAUGCGCAGCAACGACCUCAUCAAGAUCAUCGACUGGAUCCCCAAGACCUGGCAGCACCUCAACAGCUUCCUGGAGGCCCACAGCUCCUCCGACGUCACCAUCGGCCCCCGGCUCUUCCUGUCCUGUCCCAUGGAUGCGGAUGGCUCUCGCGUGUGGUUCACUGACCUGUGGAACUACUCCCUGGUACCCUACCUGCUGGAGGCAGUGAGGGAGGGGCUCCAGUUGUAUGGUAAGAGGGCUGUGUGGGAGGACCCCUCCAAGUGGGUGAUUGACACUUACCCCUGGAGCUCCGCCUCUUCCCAGCAUGACUGGCAGUCCUUGCUUCAGCUGAGGCCGGAGGACGUGGGUUACGAUGGGUGCAGCGGGGCCAAAGAGGGGGCGGCCUCCAAACAGGUCUCCCAGAGCGACACAGAGGGAGACCCACUGAUGAACAUGCUGAUGAGGCUGCAGGAGGCCGCCAACUAUUCCAGCGCUCAGAGCUGUGACAGUGACAGCGCCAGUCACCAUGACGACCUGCUCGACACAUCACUGGAGUCCACCCUGUAGAGGAGGCUCAGGGCAGCCUGGGGUAAAGGCGUUUCCAUGGGAAACGGAGCCAAGCGCUUUUUUGGCGGGAAAACAGAACCCCUCGCCCCUUCGCACGUCCGGGCCCUGAAAUGAGGCAGGUCACAGAGUGCUGUGGGUAUGGAGUCACUUCCUGUUCAGGGGUUAAAAUAAAAAAAAAAAAGAGAAAAGAAAAAAGUUGUGUAGAAAAGUUCAAGUUGAUCUGAUUCUGGUGCGUUUCCAUGUGUACGGAGGCGAGAGACAGGCCUCCAUUUCUCAACUGGAAGUGGUGUCCCUCAUUGGGCGCCAAAAUGCAGGCUGCACACACGGUGAAAAGAAACUAUAGAAAUAUAUUAAGGUGAAACUGGAAUUUUGAUUUCGUUUAUUAUUAUUAUUUUGUGUUAAGUUUGUAAUUACGGCAGACGUUUACAGGGCAUAUUCACGUUUUGUUUACUGAGGUGCUGCAGAGAUGGCGAGUGCCAGUCUAAAUUGGCCCUGACCUCAGUUGAGCCACGCGGUUCUAGUCAUGUGACUAAGCCAGUCUCUGGUUUACAAAAUGGCGCCCGCUCCAAGAUCCAUGCAACCUGUUCACAAACAAGCACAAAGCGCAUUGUGCCACAUCCAGGCAACCACUACUGUGAAACACUGGACAAGUGCCAAUCGUAACUUGUGAUUACUGCCAAGUGCACAGUGACAUAGACAUCCACCUUUGCUGCAUAGUUUACUAAAACACAUUCUUCAUUUUGUUCUAUUUUCCUAGUUCUUUUUUUUUUUUCAAGCUCACACACCUGUCAGUCACCCCUUUCCUUAUGGAUAAAUAGCACUAUACCAACAGAAAGCUGCUAAGUGCUGUAAAUUUGAACUCACGGCUUCUAAUCAAAGGACCUGAUCAAGAAGGGAACAAAUUUGACAAUGGUGCUUUCUCACUGCCUUAAAUUUGCGAACACGUUUCAAAGAACCAGGCUGGUUUAAUUAUUCCUAAGCAUGGAUCUCUGACCGUUCCUUAUGGAAACACAGACAAGUACAGGACAUGCACGCUAUAUGUACUGUUAUUGUGUGUUCUCUCAGCACACGUUUUUUUUUGUAGUGGAAGUUAAAGAAUGGCAAAUGAGGAGAACUGCACUUCCUGUGGAGGACUUAGUCGGAGGCAAAACCUUCCCACAAUCCCUGUCAGCCGCCACACCACUUAUCUAGGUUAAAUGUUAUUUUUUUCUAAUCUAUGGUUUUUCUUAAAACUGUGGCUGUCAGAAACACAUAGGGAAGAUCUAUAGAAAAGAAAAUUGAAGGUAUGGGUAUGGGUAGUUUUUUUGUUGUUUUUUUUUUUUUUUGUUCACUGUUUUUACCCAGUUGACCUGGGAUCAGCUGAACUGGCAUGAGCACAAACCCAGUGAGCAGGUCAUUUUGAUUAUAUGAUAUUUACAUGAAAAACAAAGUUUACUUUUGCAAACAGAACGAGGUGACGAUGAAGAUCGGCGCGGAUGGAGACCGCUUAGAGUAUUUUAGUUUUUUUUUUUUUCUUUUUCUUUAAUGAAAAAAAAAAAUAUGCUGGUUGGUUUUGCACAGUUAUUUGGGGUUGGGGAAAUUGUAAAUAUGAAGUCUUGCACAGUGAAUCAAAGAUGCAUUCUACCCUGUCAAUGUUAACUUUAUGCUUAACUUGCUGAGAAUUAUUGUACUUUGCAAACAAAAAAAGAAGAAGAACUGCAAACCAACGAGCUGUUAGAGACCGGUGUGCGUUGUCUUGUAAUGAUUGGUUGUUUUGCCUAUGCAGGAGCUACACAAUAUAUAGAAGCAUGUAAUUCUGAUAACAUUCAUGCAAAAAGUCUGCUCAACCACGGUUCAGGGGAGCCAGACCUGGGGGUCAGUAGAUCUGUUUUACAAAUAAUGUUGUGACAAGGAAGAAAAUCAAGCCAAAAAUAGUUAAAAUCUUUUUUCUCUGGAUGUUUUCCUUAUGCAAAGUAUAGAUAAAAAAAAUAUUGAAAUUGAAAACAGGAAAAAAAUAAGUCUUUGGCAUCAUGGCAUCUGUUGAAUCUGCCCAUUGUUCUAUUGCGGCCAUUUCUCUGUUAUAGUCAUAUUCACUGGCAGUGUAUUUAAGAGAUUUCUUAACUGGCUACCAAUUAUGAAUGAUGUAUUUCUGUUUCAGUUUAUAGGUUUCUGUUACAAGGUGCUCUACUGGCCUGCUGACAGUUGAUCACAAAAAGUGGGUGUAAAACACAAGCAACCGGUGCUAGCAGUCUUCUCAGCCAACCACAGAUAAAUUCCAACAGUAGUUUACAGCUUUGCAAAAAAAAAGAUGCUAACAAUGGUGUCAAAACCCUCAGGACAAUCCUGCUUUCUGUGCUCGACUCUUUGGCCUUUGUGUCUCUUCCACAUAUUAUUUUCCGCCCACACCUUACCCCAACCGCUCGCCCAGGAUCUGUUUCUUUUUUUUUUUGCACAGAUUGGCAGGAAUUAGGAUCAGGGCUGGGGUAGUUGAUCCUGGAUCAGUAUGCCACUCAUUUAUUCACUCACAGUUCAUCAACCAGAGGCAAGAAUUACAACUUUAAACAGAUCUAUUGCAAACCUCACUGGCUCCCAUGACCCAACAUCAUAGUACUCAGUUAUGCCAGACCAUUCUUUACCAAACCUGUGUAGGCCAUCGUGGGUAUGUCAACCAAGCAACA